AUGGCGAUCCCAGUGUACACAGUUGUUCAUCUUCAGAUGAGACGAUCCGACAAGAUUGCGCUGUUGUGCCUCAUCUUCCUAGCAAUUUUGGUCACUUUGGCAUCAACCAUCCGGCUUUACUACCUGGUUCACGUCGAAGAGCUACAAGACUUUACUGGCUCGAUGCCGCCGGUUAUUUUCGUCUCGGCGUUCGAGGGGAAUCUCGGCAUCAUCGUUGCUAGUAUACCGUCUAUCCGCCCGCUGUGGACCAGGUGCAAGACACGGCGAAGGGUCGCAUCACACCGCAAGGAGAAUUCAAGUUCAGCUCAGGGAGCCGACACGUUGCUCAGAGAGUCUCGAUCUGGACAAUAUGAUGCAGACGGGUUUGCCGUUAUACAACUCGACUCUGUUGCCAGCUCGCUCAGACUUGACCUAGACAUGCCCGUUGCCACGGCGGUGAGUGUAAAUGAGAGGCUAGAAGAACGGCAUCGGGAGUAG